CUGAGGCGGAGGGAAACGCUCUCGUGCACAUUGAUGUUUGUAUGAAUUAGCUGCGUACGGCUCAUCAUCGACUUCACACGAACAGCUCGACUCGGAUCACAAAUGUCUGUUACCGAGAUGUUCAGUUACAUUCAGGGCUUCUUGAGCGCCGACCAGGACAUCAGAGAGGAUAUCCGUAAGGUGGUCCAGACAUUGGAACAGACUGCCAGAGAAAUACUAACAGUACUCCAAAGUGUCCACCAACCGUCUGGAUUCAAAGAAAUUCCCAGUAAAUGUGCAAAAGCGCGGGAGCUGUUCUGCACAGUCAGGACACAAAUUGCUGACCUCAAAACAAAAUUCCCUGUGGAGCAGUAUUACAGGUUUCAUGAACACUGGCGGUUUGUCCUGCAGCGCUUGGCUUUCUUAUCAGCCUUUGUCGUCUACCUGGAGAGUGAAGCUCUUGUGACUCGAGAGGAAGUGGCCCAGAUACUCAGCAUUGAGGUGGUGCGAGAGAAAGGCUUUCACCUGGAUGUAGAGGACUACCUGGCAGGUGUGCUGAUCAUGGCGAGUGAACUGUCACGGUUGGCAGUAAACAGCGUCACAGCAGGAGACUACAACCGGCCACUCCGCAUCUCCAACUUCAUCAACGAGCUGGAUUCAGGCUUCCGCCUGCUCAACCUGAAGAACGACCCGCUGCGGAAGCGCUACGAUGGCCUGAAGUACGACGUGAAGAAGAUCGAGGAGGUGGUUUACGACCUGUCCAUCCGCGGGCUGGCCAAGGAGCCCGAGUCCGGCUUGGAUAAGUAGAGCUCGAAGGUUGUGACUGGCUGUGGGAGAUGGAGGAGGGCUGGGACUUCUCCACAGCUGCUGCACCUUACCCCACCUGAAAGUCAAGACCCAGGGAUCUACCAGAGGUCCCAGCAGCUGAGGACAGACUGUGUGUAUGUGUGUGAGUGUGAGUCUGUGUGAAUGCAUGCAUGAGAAGUGCUUGAGGUGGAUGGCAGUCUGUCAGAAGGGUGGCAGAGUUGACGGAGUGUCGCCCCCACGUUCACUACAUAAGGUCAAAGCUUCAGUUUGUCGCUGUUUUUUUUUUUUUUUUUUUAAUCCGAGCACUGAAUUGGUUUUGCAGCUGCUUGAUCUCAUUUGCGACAGUCAACUUCCUGUUUUAAAUUACAUUAUAUUGGUGUUCAGUUCCUCCGAGCAGACAGGCGGAGUGUUUCAGACAUGCAGAGCUUACUUUUUGUGGAUGUUUGUGUUCAUUUGUAAGAACAAAAAAAAAAACCAAACGUGAAAUGUGUUUGUGUUAUUCACCACGUGACUUUGAUGCCUGGUGAUAUUUCCUAGGACUCUGAAUGAUUGUCAAAAUGGAAUGGAUGCAGGCACUGGGAGCCUCAUUUUUGGAGGAAAUAUUUGAUGCAACAAUCACAUGAUAAAAUUUAGAAUUCAAAACCAGACAGACAGUAACAAUCAAUACUUAUUCCAGCAGGAACGGGGAACCUUUUUCCUAUAAAGGGCCAUUCAUAGGGGUGACACACACAGGGAAGGGGCUGGCAUCAAUGGUGAAGCUUAUUACACAUGUGCAACAGGAGAGGGGGGUGCUCACUUGGAGGGCCCAGCAAUUGUACCAGGGUGGCUGUGGCCCCCUGGUCCCCCCUUGGUGAUGCUCCUGGCCACUAAAUUAUUGAACACAUUACAAAGUAAUUGUUUUUUUGUAUUUCUGAAUUGCCCUGUGGGCCAGAUCAAACAGCUCUAUACGCCCCAGCGCCCCCCCUGUUUUUGUAGCAUUCUUACCAGAUUUUGGUCACUUCUGACUUUCAUGAAGAAGACUUGGUUUGGAUUUUGAUCAUUAGCACCGAACCAGCAUACCUAAUUUCUAUAAAUGAGGCUCCAGGAGAGGAAGAGCCAAAGAAAUGACAAAGAUGCACUUCACAUGAUAUAAAGCUACGUUGAGAAUAGGUCGAUUUCUUUUUUUGAAUGUUUUUUUUUUUUUUUCCAACAGCAAGGAACCCUUGCAGAACAGUGCCAAUGAAUAUGUCUGUUCAGCCAUUUGAAUAUUUUGGAUGUCGGGUGAUGAGCGAGUACUCAGAUUGUCUUGUACUGCAUGUGAUUUGUUUACUGUUUGUCUUUUUUCCACUUCAGGAAACAUCUUGAAGUUGUUUUUUUUCUAUAAUCCAUGCUUCUGUUUGCUUCUAUACUGUAGUGGAGCUGGAUUGUAUUUUCUAGAAAUAAUUCACGUUCACUCUCUUCCAUCUUGCGCUUUUGUUUCCUGGACUGAUAAGUGCAUUCCACUUGUACUCUGUGUAUUCCUGUCUUUGAAUCAGUUGUCUUAAAGAUGCUUAAAAUGACUGUAAAUAUAUUUCUACGUUCUACUUUUCCAGCUUCAUCGGACUUCACAAAUAAGUGUAAUAUCACACAGAAAAAGACAGCAAGCUAGGUCGUGUUUAAAAUCUUUUAAUAGAAUUCACAACAUUGGAGAAAUAAUACAUCAGGUUUUUCAGAUGCAAAUGAGGAAAAAGAAACCCUAUGCAAUGCAGCAGGCUUUUUUUUUUUUUACAUUUUGAAAGGGUUCAUCUGGAACAGCGUCCUCCGACAGCGCAGGAGUAUUGGUGUGGAGAUGAGCAGCCCUGCCCUCCAAAACACAGUGAGUCGCUACCUGUUUUAGUGCUACUUCAUAACAAACAUAAAACAGCAUCAGUCUUAAAUAGUGGUUUUGGUUUGAUGACUGGCUUGACUGAAAUCGACUGCAGUCAACUAGGUUCUUUCUAAUACGAAGAAUUGUGAAUAAACAAGACUGUAACAUGUUUUACCAGCAGUUAUACUGGAGAGCUUUCCAUUACAGAAUAAAGUGCAUUAAACAAAAUAAAGCCAUCAUAAAUAAAACCGCACUAAAAUAAGAGGAUCAGGUGAUCACAUAUUAGCAGCCAGGG